CGAGAGGCGACGCAUCAGAGGUGCUCACUUACAUCUUCUUGCCAUAACCACCACGCCCCACAUCAACAUGUCCUGGCUGUCGCGAGCCUCGUCAUCAACCUCUUCGCUGGCCAAGCAGCUCUUUACGCCCGCAGUGGCGUCCAGCUCGGCUUUGGCUGGCCCUUCGUCGGAAUCGUCGACGGCGCUUCCCUCGUUCAGCUUCGGCGGCUCGAUCCAGGUGCGCAAUUCGACCAAGAGAGCCGGAGGCACCACAAAGAAUGGCAGGAACAGUGCGGGAAAGAGGCUGGGCGUCAAGAGAUAUGGUGGUCAAUACGUUCAAGCAGGCGAGAUCCUCCUGCGACAACGCGGCACCUCCUGGCACCCAGGUCAGAACGUCGGCAUAGGCCGUGACCACACUCUUUACGCCCUUCAAGCAGGUUACGUCCGCUUCUACCAACCCUCCCCCUUGCCCGCCGAUUCAACCCUUUCCGCGUCGACGCCUUCCUCUCACCCGACGAUGCCUCUCAUUCCUGGCAUAGGCCAACCAAUCAGCCCCCAAGUCAAUGAGAGGAGGCUGCCCGAGGCGGACAGGAAGGUGGACAUGAAUGCGUACGAGAGGGAGAUGAGGGCUGCGGAAGAGGAGGUUGAGAUGAGGACUAUGGAUCGGAUGGAGGAUGAUAUUGUGGUUGACUCACGCGAUGCGCACGAGGCUGAGGAGGAUGAGCAUACAUUCGUCGCGCCGGAGGCCGCGAGUGUCGGUGAAGCAGCGCCGCGAGCGUGAGCAGGCGAUUGCUCUGCAGCUCAAUGCCAUCGAUUCGUCAGCACUU